GCGAUGCCGUGGUUCCCAGUGAAGAAGAUACGCAAACAGAUGAAGCUGCUGCUGCUGCUGCUGCUGCUCACCUGCGCCGCGUGGCUCACGUACGUGCACCUGAGCCUGGCGCGCCAGGGCCGCGCGCUGCGCCAGCGGCUGGGCUACGGGCGAGAUGGUGAGAAGCUGACCGGCGUGACAGACGGCCGGGGCAUCCAGGUUGCACCAUCUACCCAGAGGGUGGAGGACUCUAGCGAGAGUCUUGAGGAGGAGCAGGCGUCCGAAGGCCAGGACCCAAACAUGGUGUUACCUGGGAGGACUGGGAGGCUGACCCCACUGAACCUCACCCAUCAGCCACCUCCAUGGCGGGAGGAGUACAAGGGACAGGUGAACCUGCAUGUGUUUGAGGACUGGUGUGGUGGUGCCGUGGGCCACUUGAGGAGGAACCUGCACUUCCCGCUCUUUCCUCAUACUCGCACCACUGUGAAGAAGUUGGCUGUAUCCCCCAAGUGGAAGAACUAUGGACUCCGGAUUUUUGGUUUCAUCCAUCCAGCACGAGAUGGUGAUGUCCAGUUCUCAGUGGCUUCAGAUGACAACUCUGAGUUCUGGCUGAGCCCCGAUGAGAGUCCAAUGGCUGCCCAGCUUGUGGCCUUUGUGGGCAAGACUGGUGCUGAGUGGACAGCUCCUGGAGAAUUCACCAAGUUCAGCUCUCAGGUGUCCAAGCCCAGGAGGCUCAUGGCCUCCCGGAGGUACUACUUUGAGCUGCUACACAAGCAAGAUGACCGAGGCUCAGACCAUGUGGAAGUGGGCUGGCGAGCUUUCCUGCCCGGCCUGAAGUUUGAGGUCAUCAGCUCUGCUCACAUCUCCCUAUACACAGACGAGUCUGCCCUGAAGAUGGACCACGUGGCUCAUGUACCCCAGUCUCCAGCUAGCCACAUGGGCAGGCAUCUGCCGCAGGAGGAGCCCAGUGCAGACAUGCUGCGGCCCGACCCCAGGGAUACCUUCUUCCUCACUCCUCGGAUGGAGCCCUCCAGCCUGGAGAAUGUGCUGGAGCCCUGCACCUACGCUCCCACCUAUGUCGUCAAGGAUUUCCCCAUUGCCAGAUACCAGGGACUGCAAUUCGUGUACCUUUCCUUCGUUUACCCCAAUGACCACACUCGCCUCACUCACAUGGAAACAGACAACAAGUGCUUCUACCGGGAGUCUCCACUGUACUUGGAAAGGUUUGGGUUCUAUAAAUACAUGAAGAUGGAUGAAGAGGAAGGAAAGGAAGAUGAGGAGGAAGAGGUGCAGCGCCGAGCUUUCCUCUUCCUCAACACUGAUGACUUUCUGGAUGAGGGGGAGCUGCCCGACAGUCUGGAGCCCACCGAGCUGUCCUCACCACAGAGCAGCCACGGGUCCACCACCCCUAUGGCCCCCACUGAGGGCAGAGCCAUGCUAGCACAGCCAGCACCUCCCAGCCCCCAGGAUGAACGGAAUCUUCGACACUCCCGGGCCCUGAGCUGGGCUGCCCGGGCUGCCCACACCUUGCCCCUCUUCUUGGGAAGAGCUCCACCUCCCCGCCCUGCAGCCCAGCAGCUGCCCCCAAAGGUGUAUGUGACCAGGGUGCGGCCAGGGCAGCGGGCAUCCCCCCAGGCCCCAGCCCCACGUAGCCAGCCCUGGUCACCUUUCCCUGGUGCCUUCCUGCACCGCAGGCUUCUGCCCGGGGUACAGCUGCGGAUGCCCCCACGCCCACCCCGGCCCAUUGGCCACAGGACCAGUGGACCCCAGGCCACACGGCCACAGCUCCCAACCCGGGUGCAGGCCUCCCAGGAGGGCCGGGAGGGUCAGGUGCACACACCGGCACCCAUGGCACACACAGUGGACUUGAACUCCUCAUCUGAAGCUCAGUCUGUGACCUCCUUCCUAAGCUUGUCCCAGGUGUCCAGGCCACAGUUGCCCGGGGAGGGGGAGGGGGAGUAUGAGGAGGAAGGGGAGGACAACGGGGCCCCAGGCCAGGAAGCUGCAUCUGAGGAAAGUGAGGAGGCUGCUGGCCGGCCCCUCGGCCGCUGGCGGGAGGAUGCCAUCAACUGGCAGCGCACGUUCAGCGUGGGCGCCAUGGACUUUGAGCUGCUGCGCUCUGACUGGAACGACCUGCGCUGCAACGUGUCUGGGAACCUGCAGCUGCCCGAGGCGGAGGCUGUGGAUGUGGUGGCUCAGUACAUGGAGCGGCUCAAUGCUCGCCAUGGAGGGCGCUUUGCGCUUCUGCGCAUCGUAAACGUGGAGAAGCGCCGAGACUCCGCACGCGGGAGUCGCUUCCUGCUGGAGCUGGAGCUGCAGGAGCGCGGGGGCGGUCGCCUGCGCCUGUCCGAGUACGUCUUCUUGCGACUGCCCGGGGCCCGCGUUGGGGACGCGGACGCAGAAAGUCUGGAGCCGGUGCUUGCCGCCUCUGCGCGCCCUGACGGCCGCCCGGAGCUCUGCCGGCCGCUGCGCCUGGCAUGGCGCCAGGACGUGAUGGUGCACUUCAUUGUGCCAGUGAAGAACCAGGCGCGCUGGGUAGCACAGUUCCUGGCAGACAUGGCUGCGCUGCACAUGCGCACUGGGGAUUCGCACUUCAGCGUGGUCCUGGUGGAUUUCGAGAGCCAGGACAUGGAUGUGGAGCGGGCCCUGCGAGCAGCACAGCUGCCUCGGUACCAGUAUCUGAGGCGAACUGGGAACUUCGAGCGCUCUGCUGGGCUGCAAGCUGGAGUAGACGCAGUGGAGGACGCCAGCAGCAUCGUUUUCCUCUGCGACCUGCACAUCCACUUCCCACCCAACAUCUUGGAUGGCAUCCGCAAGCACUGUGUGGAAGGCAGGCUGGCCUUUGCACCUGUGGUCAUGCGCCUGGGCUGUGGGAGCUCACCGGUGGACCCGCACGGUUAUUGGGAGGUGAACGGCUUCGGCCUCUUCGGGAUUUAUAAGUCAGACUUUGACCGGGUCGGAGGCAUGAACACUGAGGAGUUCCGAGACCAGUGGGGGGGCGAGGACUGGGAGCUGCUGGACAGGGUCCUGCAGGCAGGGCUGGAGGUAGAGCGGCUCCGACUGCGGAACUUCUAUCACCACUACCACUCCCGGAGAGGCAUGUGGGGCACACGCAGUAGGGGGGGUCCCCGUGCAGCUGGGUCCUGA